AUGUCUUAUAUUUCUUUAUUUCUUUUCAUUUCAUUACUUUGUGUAAUUCAAAUAUCAAGUAGAGUCAUUAAUAGACAUACGUACAAUUUUACUAUUGCUUAUGCUGAUAAUACCACAUCAGUUUUACUUGUUAACAAUCAACUUCCAGGUCCAACAAUUCGAGUUGAUGUUGAUGAUAUUGUAAUUGUUCAUAUUCAUAAUGCUCUUCAUACAAUGGAAGAAGUUACAAUUCAUUUUCAUGGUAUGCUUCAACGACAAACAGCACACAUGGAUGGUGUAGGAUAUGUUACACAGAUGCCAAUACCAUGCGGAAAAACAUUUACACAUGUCUUUCAAGCAUAUCCAGCUGGUACUCAUAUGUAUCAUUCACAUGCUGGUUUACAAGCUGUUACUACAUUUGGUGCAUUGAUUGUUGAUGAUCCAGAGAGACCAUGGGAAGUAACAGAGGCACCAUCAGGUCCAAUUAUGAUAUCUGAUUAUUGGGAAGGUGUUGAUCGUCUUAGUCAAGAAGCUGGUUUAAUGGGAUCACCGUUUAAAUGGGAAGGAGAACCGUCAAAUUUAUUAAUUAAUGGUCAAAAAAAUUUUGUCUUAACUCUUGAUCCAGGUAGAACAUAUUUAUUACGAUUAAUUGGUGCAACAAGUCUAUCAACGGUUGUUUUUGGUAUUACUCAACAUCCAAUGACUGUAGUUGAAGUCGAUGGAAAAUUAGUUGUACCAAAAUCAAAUGUAUCAUCAAUUGAAAUUGCUUCAGGUCAACGUUAUGCUGUAAUGAUAAAAGCAACAAAUCAAGCUACCGGUAUUUUUGCUAUACAAGCAUCAAUUCGAUGGCGAAUUGCAACAGCAAAUUCAAGUAUUAUUGGUCUUUUACGAUAUGGUGUACAAUCUGUAAUUCCAGCUAAUAUAUCAACUCUUUUACUUCCUUCACUUUUUAAUGAAACUGAAUUGCUUCUGUUUGCUUUUAAUGAACGAUAUCAAACAUUACUUCCAUCAGAAAGAAUGCCUCCAGGAAAUCAAGGUCAUGCAGAUGUUGAAAUUCUUUUAGUUGCUACACAAGAAUAUACACCAGAUGGUAAAGGUAUUCGUUGGAUGACAAAUAAUAGUACAUUUGAUAUGGUUCGUUUAAAAAAUUUAAAUACAUCACUUCUUAUUGAUUUAUAUCAUGGCAAUGAAGAAAAUUUACCACAAGAUGUUGUUUAUACAAUACAUAAUAAUCAAUUAGUUGAUAUUGUUAUUCAAAAUACUGUUGCACUUAAUGGUGUAUGUGAAUCGCAUCCAAUGCAUUUACAUGGACAUAAAUUUUGGAUACAUUCCUAUGGAACUGGUUUAUAUAGUCCCGCUAAAAAUAUUCUUCCAACUAGACGUGAUCCAGGAUUACGAGAUUCAGUAAUGGUAUAUGCAAGUUCAUAUGCAUAUUUUUCACCAAAUCGAAAUGUAACAAAUCAUGGAAAACCAUGUGGAUGGACAAAAAUACGUAUGAUAGCUAAUAAUCCAGGUUUAUGGAUGUUUCAUUGUCAUAUUGGUGCACAUUCCUAUAUAGGUAUGAAUAUUCUUCUUAAAGAAGAUAUUGAAAAUUUAUCAAUGGUUUAUUUAUCACAAAAUUAA